AUGAAUUUCUAAAACUUAAAUGAGUACAUUCAAUUCAACUCUAUAAUAAAUGGUAUCUAAANAUCAAGAUUAAUAGCAAAGAAUUUACUACCAUCAUUACAUAAUAAGACUCAUUUUUAAGCUGCACAAACCAUGUAUAAUAAUUUACCAUGUAAAAAUUAAUAAUAAUAUUUAAGUAACUCUAAUGGAACAUGCAAGAUCUCUACCUUAAGUACAUACAUAAGAGGAUAGCAGAAGGAAACCUCCUACAUCUUAAGAAAAAUAAAAAACAAUAUCAGUUGAAGCUUAAAAUAAGUAAGACGAUAAUGGUAAUUAACCAAAAUAAGGUAAUGAAACAGAAACAUUCAAUCCUGUUGAAACUUCUAAAUAAAUUUUAAAGAGAUGCAAUAUAAUUAAAGAAAGAAAUGUAAAAGUAAAAAAAAUACGUUUAUUUAAUAGGCUCCUGUUGUUCACUCUGGAUCUGGACAUUUAAUUUCUACUCUUGAUAAAUCUAUUUCAGAAAUAUAUAAAGAACUUUAUAAAGUUGAAAUUGGAUAAUCCAAAUUGCGAUGA